AUGGGUGUUGCAGUAGAAGCUGUUGUUAGGCAAAUGGGACCUGAUUUGCAUGUUGUUGCCAGUGAAGACUCUGUUUACGAACAAGACAUCCUCCGUGAUGGGGCUAGUGCUAAGCCUUGGUUGACAUACAUCAACCUUAAACUUCGAAGCGGGACUAUUUUCGAGCAGAAUUUGGUCAUGGCACGCGCAUGUGCCCAGCUACCACGGUCGUAUAAACUCUGGAAGCUCUUUCUUAGCUUCAGGAUGAAGCACCUGGCCAAGCUGAAUCCUGUCAUAUUUGCGGCGGAGUUCAGGAAGGUAAACGCUCUAUUUGAGAAGUCCCUCACCCUUCUUCACAAGAUGCCACGAAUUUGGGAAAUGUAUCUCCAAUUUCUCAUGCAGCAACCUGUUCUCACGAUCACACGACGAACCUUUGACCGAGCACUGCGAUCGCUUCCAUUAACACAGCACGAUCGUAUUUGGACCCUUUAUCUCACCUUUGCCAAUGCUGCUUCUAGUGAGACAGCUGUUAAGGUUUGGAGACGAUAUGUGCAGGUGCACCCAGAAGAUGCCGAAGACUUCAUCGAACUACUAGUGGGAACCGGCGCAUACACAGAGGCUGGGAGACUAUUCAUUGACCUACUCAACAACUCACGCUUUUCUAGCAAGCACGGAAAGGCUCAUUACGAGCUUUGGAGUGAGAUGAUUGAUAUACUGGUAGAGAAUGCGCCAGAAAUAGACACGGAGCACGAAACGGGGCUGAAUGUUGAACGCAUAAUUCGAAGUGGAAUUGCCCGAUUUACCGAUCGGAGAGGUAAACUCUGGUGCGGUUUGGCUACUUACUGGAUUCGGCGGAGCAGUUUCGAACGAGCUCGAGACACGUUCGAAGAAGGCCUGACGACUGUAAUGACGGUCAGAGACUUCACCCUUGUCUUCGAUUCCUACGUGGAAUUCGAGGAAUCAGUUAUUGGUACCCUUAUGGACGUUACAUCCGUCCGAGCUGAAAAGGGAAUACCGGACGAGGACGCAGACUUUGAGCUUGACCUUAGGAUGAUGCGCUUUGAACAUUUGAUGGAUCGCCGCCCCUUUCUUCUCAAUGACGUUCUCUUACGCCAGAACCCGAACAAUGUUCUCGAGUGGGAGAAGCGAGUAGCGCUCUGGGGCGAGAACAAGGCAGAGGCAGUGCAGACCUACACUGAUGCAAUUGCCGCCAUCAACCCGAAUCGAGCAUUAGGGUCCUUUCACUCUCUUUGGGCCAAUUACGCUCGGCUCUACGAAAAAGGCGGCGAUUUACGGAAUGCACGAGUAGUCCUGGAGAAGGCUGUUAAGGUGCCCUUCAAGUCGGUCAGUGAGUUGGCAGACAUGUGGGUCGAAUGGGCAGAAAUGGAGCUCCGCAAUGAGAAUUUCGACGACGCGGUUCGAAUAAUGGCAAAGGCUGUCCAAGCCCCCAGAAGAUCUACCGUGGACUACUUCGACGAGACGCUAUCCCCGCAGCAGCGAGUGCACAAGAGUUGGAGGCUUUGGAGCUUUUAUGUGGACCUCGUGGAAAGUGUAUCCACAUUGGAGGAGGUGCGCAAGGUCUACGAGAGGAUAUUUGAGCUUCGGAUCGCCACGCCACAGACAGUGGUGAACUAUGCCAACCUUCUGGAGGAGCACCAGUACUACGAGGAGUCAUUCAAAGUGUACGAACGUGGCCUGGACCUUUUCAGCUACCCUGUGGCCUUUGAGCUGUGGAACUUGUAUCUGACGAAAGCUGUGGACCGCAAAAUCGGCAUGGAGCGAUUGAGAGACUUGUUUGAGCAAGCAGUCGAAAACUGUCCGCCUAAGUUUGCCAAGAUCAUCUAUCUGAUGUACGGUAAUCUGGAGGAGGAACGAGGUCUUGCGCGUCACGCCAUGCGCAUAUAUGAGAGGGCAACACGAGCUGUUGCAGAUGAGGAUCGUGCCGAUAUGUUCAUCUUUUAUAUUACCAAGUCUGCGUCCAACUUUGGUCUUCCCUCGACGCGACCGAUCUACGAAAGAGCUAUCACGUCUCUCCCGGAUCUAGAGGCCAAGGGCAUGUGCCUCAAGUUUGCAGAUAUGGAAAAACGGCUGGGAGAAAUCGACCGGGCGCGAGCAAUCUACGGUCAUGCCUCGCAAUUUUGCGACCCCAGAACAAAUGCCGACUUCUGGACCAAGUGGGAGCAAUUCGAGGUGCAACAUGGCAAUGAGGAUACCUUCAAAGAAAUGCUGCGAAUCAAGCGGAGUGUUCAAGCGCAGUACAACACGGACGUCAACUUUAUCGCAUCUCAAGCCUUAGCUCGGAGCCAGCAGCGAACCGACACCCGCAACGAGAUGUCGGAUGUUAUGACGAUGUCAGAAGCAUCUGAAAUCGAUGUGAAGGUACCGGAGGGGUUCGUAGCUUCUAGUUCUGCGCCAGCAGGAGGUACCGGGGUGCAAGCUGCAUCUGACUUGGUACCGAACCCGGAUGUGAUUGACCUUGAUUGA